UCCAUUUGGGAGAAAUGAUUGCUUGACCCCACCAAAGCAGCAGUUAAGAUGUGACAUUUAUUUUUCUAUGUCGAUGGACAUCUGUAGAUUAUCAAGGGGGUUCCAUUUGUCAAGCAAGCACUGCAAUCCAAGUUGCGGAUUCUUCGCAUACUGAAAAGCCAUUGGAUAGAAGAGAAGAGAAUCAAUGUCGAAGCUCCUAUUUCGCUGCGGUCGCCACUUGACCUCCCUCCCACUUGAUCACUCCUUACGCGGCCGCCUCUAUAUACACACCCCCAAUUUCCGAGUUUUUUCAGCCGACGCCAAUGGAGAAACCAAGCCGGAUACGAUCAACGGCAGCGCCUAUGAUGACGGCAAGUAUCCCACCGGAGACUUUGUCUACAGGCCGCGCACUGCGUGGGAGGAUUUUAUGGUUAAGACUAGACUUUUCUUCGCUUUGCCUUGGCGACGCUUCCAGAGCGGCAGUGUUCUCAAGUUAGUUCUUCGCGGCGAGAUAACAGAUCAGCUGAGGAGCUUUUCCAGGGCACUAUCAUUGCCUCAAAUUUGCGGGAAUUUCGAAAAAGCUGCUUAUGAUCCUCGUGUAGCAGGCAUUUAUCUCCAUAUAGAUAACUUGAGUUGUGGGUGGGGAAAGCUAGAUGAGAUUAGGAGGCACAUAUUAGAUUUUAAAAAAUCAGGUAAGUUCAUCAUAGGCUAUGUGCCUACAUGUGGGGUGAAAGAAUAUUACAUUGGCUCUGCUUGUGAGGAACUUUAUGCUCCACCAAAUGCCUAUGUUGGAUUAUAUGGGUUUCUUGUUCAGGCAUCAUUUCUUAGUGGUGUGUUCGAGAAAAUUGGGGUUGAGCCUCAAGUUGAACGGGUUGGGAAAUACAAAAGUGCCGGAGACCAACUUACGCGCAAAAGCAUGUCUGAUGAGAAUCGUGAGAUGCUGGCUUCUUUGCUUGAUAACAUCUACAGAAAUUGGCUCGAAAAAAUUUCACUUGCAAAAGGGAAACAAAAAGAAGAUAUUGAAAAUUUUAUUAAUGAAGGAGCACAUCAAGUUGAGGGAAUGAAGAAAGAAGGAUUGAUAACAGAUAUUAAAUACGACGAUGAGGUAAUGGACUUGCUGAGAACACGUCUAGGUAUUCCGCACACCAAAUUGCUUCCAACUGUUGGCUACAGAAAGUACUGUAAUGUUAGAAGAUCAACUCUAGGGUUGACCGGUAGUAAAGAUUUGAUAGCUAUAAUUAGAGCCUCUGGAAGCAUCAGCCGGACUCCAGGCCGAUUUAAUGCGCCCAGCUCAAGGAUUAUUGCUGAGCAGUUCAUUCAGAAGAUUCGUAGAGUAAAAGUGUCAAAAAAAUACAAAGCUGUUAUCAUUCGGAUCGAUAGCCCUGGAGGAGAUGCACUUGCUUCUGAUUUAAUGUGGAGGGAAAUCAAACUUUUGGCUGCUGCUAAGCCUGUUAUUGCAUCAAUGUCCGAUGUAGCUGCUAGUGGAGGUUACUAUAUGGCAAUGGCUGCAAAUGCUAUAGUAGCAGAGAAGCUUACGUUAACUGGUUCAAUUGGAGUCGUGACAGGCAAGUUCAAUUUGGGAAAGUUAUAUGAGUAUAUCGGCUACAAUAAAGAGAUCAUAUCAAGAGGAAAAUAUGCAGAAAUUUUUGCUGCAGAACAUCGACCAUUCAGAGCAGAUGAAGCUGAACUUUUUUCCAAGAGAGCACAUGACAUGUACAAACAGUUUCGAGAUAAGGCAGCCUCUUCAAGAUCAAUGACAGUGGACAAGAUGGAACAGGCUGCACAGGGGAGAGUUUGGGUUGGUGAGGAUGCUGCUUCGCUCGGUCUGGUUGAUGCUAUUGGAGGACUUUCUCGGGCAAUAGCUAUAGCAAAACAAAAGGCGAAUAUACCACUGGAGAGACAGGUGACUGUUGUCGAGCUAUCACAGCCGCCAUCUCCCCUUGAAAUGUUGAGCGGCAUGGGGGAUACCUUUGUCGAAGCAAACGAAGCAGUUAAAGACUUGAUACAUGAGAUGGAAUCGUCUGAUGCAAUCCAAGCUAGAAUGGAUGGGAUUUUGGUUGAGAAAUUUGAAGGAGUUUCUUACUCUAACUCGGUCCUCUCGCUACUAAAAGAUUACUUAAAGAUCCUAUGAUUUUAAUCCAUUCCAUGCCUGUGUGCUCAUUAGGUAUAGUUAUGAUUUUUUACAUCGUCAAAAAAACCUUUUUCUCUUUAGUCAUAUGGUUUUUUUGUGCUCUUCCAUAAGGAGGCGUGGAAUGAAUCUUCAAAUAUUCAUUUUCAUCACUUAUUGUUUAUAUUUUAUAUGAGGGUGUACUGAAUAACAAAGCUUUUAUACUGAUUGAAGUUCUUGGAUUUAGUA